UCCGUGUAUCCACUACAGUCUCUCGUAAGGUGUGGUUCACGGCGUUCUGGUCAGAACUAUGCUCGUCCGGAAUCAACAAGUGCUACUCGAGACUACGCCGGGAAAACACUUGACCCAACUGAACUUACGUUGGUGAACACCUUUUCCUUCGUUGCGGCCGUGCGUGGCGAUAAACGGGGCUUUCGAAGGGGGCACGCAUAGGUGGCACGGACAGUCUGUGUCGACAGAUCGGCGUGAAUCGACGACGAUCAUCCGAAGGAUCGCGUGGCUCGAUUCGAUUCACCGGAGGACAAGCAUUCCGCGUCGGGACUCGACGUCCCGCGGUCGCGAGAAAGAGAGAGAAAGAGAGAGAUACACCAAGAGUCGAUUCCAGGUUUGUGAUUGUUCCGUGGUGAUCGAUGCAACGGUGAAGUCCGAGGAUCACGGUGAAUCGAGGAUGCGUCUGUGACGCGCUUCUUUGGGCCAUACAGGACCAACAGGGAUUCUAUGUGUACACCGGAGUUCCGCUACACGUGACUCUUCACGGCUUGCCGACCGCGCGUUUAUUGCGCUGCGAAUAGAAUUCUGACGGACACCGGUGAAAUCAACGGGAAUCGACGAACAUGACAAACCAAACGACGGGGAAGAUUCUAAUCAUCCUGAGCUUCCUCUCAGCGGCCAUAUUGGCUCUGCCCAAUGGAGCGCCGCAAAGUGCGUGCGAGGAUCUGAUGCCUCGACACCCCGGAAGCACGAACCAGGAAGCUCACCCUACUCCUUACCAAGUGUUGCCGGCUGCGGGACAAGGAAGGGUCCGCUUGAUUCUCGGAAGUCCUCAAGGUCUCGCCUACGAGGGUUUCAUGAUCCUCGCGCGUGACUCCGCGACCGGUGAACUCGUCGGAGAAUUCGCGAAUUUGCCUGAGUCAGCGCGGACCAUUGAGUGCACGGAAGGUGUAAAGAACGCGGUGACUCACACGAAUACCAGCAAGAAGCACAACCUCGAAUUCGAUUGGGAGGCACCUGCAGACUACGAGGGCACCAUUGUCUUCAAGUCCACCUUCGCCCAGGAUUACGGUACGUACUGGGUCGGCGUUGAAUCGCCACGAGUCAACGUUAACAAAAGAUCCAUCGACGUGUUGACCUCUUCCACGCCGAUCAGCACGCUCCGGACAACCACGCCGCCCUAUUACAACCCGACCGUCGAUUACGAGACGAAGGAGGUGGAGGACUCUAUGUACACCGGAUGCGGUGCCACGAAGAACUGCUUCGGCACUCCAGCAGGAUGCGUGGAGACCAAAAAUUGCAUGGCAAUAGUCACUGUGUUUGUUCGUGGCGAACGUUAUCUCUUCGAGAUGCAAGCACGUGACAGUAAAUAUGUCGCUGUUGGGCUAUCUGACGACAGCAAAAUGGGCGACGACAGCGUGGUUGAGUGUGCGAACGAAGGAGGAGAAAUUGCAUUACACAUGUCUUGGAACUCUGGAAAGCAUAAUAUGCGGCAACCCAUGCAGGAAGGGGCCGUACAAUUGGAGUCGAGUUCCAUCAAGGAUGACGUGAUCUCCUGUAAAUUUUGGCGAGAGAAAACCACGGUGGUCCAAGGCCGUGAAUACGACCUCGUCAACACACCGUACAACCUUCUUGUCGCCGCUGGCAAAAGUCUGAAAAGUAACGGGGUUGGUUUCCACGACACGGUAUACGACGCAAGUGGCGGCGCGAAAUUGUUGUCCGACGUGGGUGGUUACACAACGGCUAGCAAUGUACUGAUACGUGUGCACGGUGCCUUGAUGUUGGCCUCCUGGAUCGGCACAGCGUCGAUCGGUAUCCUCCUGGCCAGAUAUUACAGGCAAACGUGGGUCAACUCGCAGCUGUGUGGAAAGGACCAUUGGUUCGCCUGGCACAGGUUCUUCAUGAUAUUGACGUGGUCGAUGACGAUAGCAGCGUUCGUAAUAAUAUUCGUCGAGCUGGGUGAAUGGAGCUCGGAGAUCAUACACGCGUCUCUGGGAUUAGCAACGACGAUCUUAGCGUUCAUCCAGCCGUUUAUGGCGGCCAUGAGACCUCAUCCGGGAGCGCCUAGAAGACCUCUUUUCAAUUGGGCGCACUGGUUCGUUGGGAAUGCGGCGCAGAUUUGCGGCAUAAUCGCAAUUUUCUUCGCGGUCCGACUGAACAAGGCCAAACUCCCGGAAUGGGUCGACUGGAUUCUGGUCGCCUACGUGGUAUUCCAUAUUUUGACUCACCUCAUCCUCACGUUCGUCGGUUGCGCGUCUGACAGACAAGCCAGUCAGAGGGUGAACUCAUUCCCGAUGAAAGACAUGCAUUCUCGUGGCUCGAUGGUCCAUCCGGAUGCGAGACAGGACGCUCCCCACUCGGGGAUCAGAAAAUUCAUCUUUGCCGUAUACUUCGUCGUGAUCGUCCUGUUCGCGGCGGCGCUGAUCGUCAUCACCGUGCUGGCGCCCAUAGAAGAUUCGUGGGCCACCUUCACGAGCAACAUAAAGAAUUAUUAAACCGUUCACGAUAUUAAUCGUCUGAAUCGUAUCGUCUAAUCCGCCGACGACGAGGAGAGAUAUCGCUGUCAGACGCGACGCGGCGUCAGGAGCAUCCGGAGGCUCGACGCGAUAAGUUUCGUACUGCUUCGCGCAGUACUAUUCUCGAGUGACUGUCUAUACGUAAAUGAGCCUGGAAGCGACGUGAGCCGUCGUUUAUAGAACUCUAUCAGCGUGUGAUUCGUACGACAAUAUUGUUCGACUACACCGUGUGUUCGGUGAUAGCUGGAAAUUAACGGAAGUGAGAACCGCGACGAGUGGUAUUAUCGUGUGUAUAAGGUAGCAGCAGCGUACACAGAACGCAAAGUGUGACACGUACAACAUAAUUGUACGUUCUUUCGACAACGGUACCUUGAAUACGCGUCAUUGUGCAUUUCUUUCUCGCAGACUGACUUGAAAAUUUCUUAAACGAAUAGAUUACCGCACAGAUGUUCCCGUCCAGAAUAACAAUCACGACUUAAAUAGGAUAUAUAAAAACGUCUCAUAUAGGUAUAUAUUUUUUAAAGAAACACGGAAUUUACUUUACUUUGAUUAUAAUUGCAAGCCAAUUAGCGCAUUCUUCGUCCAGAAUCUCUUGAGGAGAUCUAUCGUGUAAGGUGCUUUUACAAAUAUUUAUGUUCAUUUCUCCAGUAGGAUAUAACGCAGAAUCUACAUUUAUGGUAACGUUUACAGUAUUAGAUUUUGUAACGUAUUUUUUUUUUUGAUUUUUACAAUUGCCUAGACUUAUUUUGUACUUCGAAUCGGCGUUGUUCCCGUGUGCACGAGCCAGAGUUCAGGCGAGUAUCACUGGAUCACGUUUAAUUAUCCGAUACAAUAGUGUUGUUCGUGUAUGUUAUUGAUAUUGUUAAUAAAUAUAUAUAUAUAUAUAUACAAUCGCCCGACGGCGCAGAGUGUAAUAUAAUUUUCAGUGACUUUUGUUGUCACUUUGUUCCCUCGUAGGGACCACAACCACGCGGUUUUAAUCUCUUUUAACGCGCAAUUUUUCCCGAGGACGCCUCAUCGUUAAGACAAUUUCAUUCCAUUGCACCCUCUUCGAGAUUUUCGUCACUUUGAGUUUUC